CCCACCCCUCCAUCGGCAUAGGGGUGAGUAGAUAAUGAGUGAAUUUUCAUUUCUGGGUGAACUAUCCCUUUAAGCUACUUUAAGGCAUUCACUGAUCCCAGGACAUUUUCCCGGAAAUUUCCAGAUGGGCUGUAAGUGAGAACGCAAAUGUCUGAUUUAGAUUCUCUGGAAAUUUUCUUGAACAUUUCCUGCCAGGCAGCCACCCAGUAAAAUGUGUGAAAUAUGUAUGAAUGAGCCCAUGUGAAAAUACAUCAGGACAGUGUCUAGAAAAUUCACAGCGAGCUGGCGUGUAGGUGACAUUUUGAACACAUGAUGGACUGAAAGAAAACAAAAAGAAAACAAAUUUCUCAGGAUGAAAAAGAAGUGCCAUAAAGUCCAGAGUUUGUCUGAAUAUGGCUUUACAGUGACAAUAAUUGAUUUGUGUGUAUAUUUAAGUCUUGUUUUCACUGGUCGACAAAAAGCACCAUCAAACCAUUUUUAUCUCUAAUUACAAUAGCUUGAAGAGGAGACGUCAUUGUGCUGGUUUUGCAUGUUUACACUGAUCUAAACCAAGCCAGCAUAAUGCCCUGCCAGUGUUAUUUUAGAUAGCAGAGACAUGACGUAUAACAGAACAGCGUCUGCGCUUGUCCUGCAGGAUUUCCUCUUCACACACACACACACACACACACACACACACACGUCGAUCAGCCUCUGAAACUAUCUCCACUGCCGGCUUAUUGCCAGAACGACAAUGUGUUGUGUUCUUAAGUUCAAGACCUGAACUCUUUACAGUACUUGGCACCUUCUUGUAGUUGUUGCGGUGUCGUUACAGAGCCUCUCCUCCGCUACACAAGUUGCUUUCCAGGGGAGUUGAGGCCACAAUGGACAGCCAGCAUUAUGUUUUUAACUGGAGUUAAUUUUAGACACAGUCCUCUCCCUGGAGUGAGAUUAGGUCCCUUCUGGGCUGCUCUGACCUCACAGAGUGAGACACUAAGAGGGAUUUGGCUGUCGCUGCUCAGACAGUUUAUCUUCGCUGUUGAUGUCAAUGGGUUGGGUGAGAAAGAGAGCGUAAAAUGAGUGAGCUGGAGAAAAUUGCGUCGUAGCAGAGUGAAUGAGCGUGGCUCUCAGCAGAGCCCCUAUCAGUUAUGGUGUAGCUUAACCUCUGUGACCGAGGAUAGUACUGCUCCAACAUGGCAACAGAACGUCGGUGGAGUUUGUGUGCUGAUAGUGUAGCUGGUCAGGAGAACAUGCAUGGACUGGAUUGUUCAACUGAUCUAGAGAUGGAGUUGAAUGAAACCGAUGAAGUUAUGGGGGAUGCCAGGGGCCAGCUGGUGGCGGAGCGACUGGGUCUGGGACAUAACCUGGACUUAUCCGACACCAUGGUCCAACAAAAACUAGACGAGAUCAAGGAGCAGAUCCGCCGUGAGAUCCGCAAGGAGCUGAAGAUCAAGGAGGGUGCAGAGAACCUGCGCAAGGUCACCACAGACAAGAAGAGUUUGGCCUAUGUGGAUAACAUGCUGAAAAAAUCUAAUAAGAAGGUUGAGGAGCUUCACCAGGAGCUACAAGAGCUUAACGCCCACAUUGUGGUCAAAGAUCCUGAAGAACUGCUAGAAUGCCCUCUGACCCCAGACACCCCUAACAGUGAGGCCAGAAUGCACACAAGCAGUAGCCGCCUCGCCGCCCUGAAGAGACAGAACGAUAUUGAGCUCAAGGUCAAACAGGGCGCAGAGAACAUGAUUCAGAUGUACUCCAACGGCCCCUCCAAGGAUCGUAAGUUGCUAGCGACAGCCCAGCAGAUGCUUCAGGACAGCAAGACGAAGAUAGAGUUCAUCAGGAUGCAGAUCCUUAAAGCCAGCCAGACCAGCGAGUUGAGCUUUGAGAACAAUGAUAUGAUGGAAAAGCCCAUCAUCAGCCCGUUAGACCUGCGGGUGGAGGAGCUGUGUCACCACGCCAGGAUAGAGUCUGCUGUCGCAGAGGGAGCCAAGAAUGUCAUGAAACUUCUGGGUUCAGGAAAAGUCACAGAAAAAAAAGCGCAUUCAGAGGCCCAGGCUCGUUUUAAUGAAUCCAAUCAAAAACUGGACCUCCUGCGAUACUCCUUGGAGCAACGCCUCAAUGAGUUACCUAAAAAUCACCCCCGCAGCAGCAGCAUCCUAGAGGAGUUGUCCCUGCUGUCGUCACCGGCCCUCAGUCCCAGAUCUAGCCUCAUCUCCACACAGAACCAGUACAGCACAGUCACCAAGCCCGCUGCACUCACAGGCACGUUAGACGUCAGGCUCAUGGGCUGUCAGGACCUUCUGGAAAAUGUCCCGGGUCGUUCCAAAGCUGCGUCUGUCCCGCUGCCCGGCUGGAGCCCCAGCGAGACGCGCUCCUCCUUCAUCAGCAGAGCAAAUCGAAACCGCGGCGUGAGCUCAAGGAACCUGACAAAGAGCGAGGAGCUCUCCAAUGAGAUCAGCGCAGUGUUGAAGCUGGACAACACGGUAGUCGGUCAGACAAGCUGGAGGCCAGCCAGCAACCAGGCCUGGGACCAGAAGUUUACAUUGGAAUUGGACCGGUCUCGUGAGCUGGAGAUCUCCGUGUACUGGCGUGACUGGCGAUCGCUCUGUGCCGUCAAGUUCCUUCGGCUGGAAGACUUCCUGGACAAUCAGCGUCAUGGGAUGUGUCUGUACCUUGAGCCACAAGGGAUGCUGUUUGCUGAGGUAACAUUUUUCAACCCCGUCAUUGAGAGACGACCAAAGUUACAAAGACAGAAGAAGAUUUUCUCGAAGCAGCAAGGUAAAACGUUCCUGCGAGCCCCUCAGAUGAACAUCAACAUUGCCACCUGGGGCCGCCUGGUGAGAAGAGCCAUACCAACUGUCAGCACAAACUCCUUCAGCCCGCAUGCCGCUGAGACUGGACACAGCAGUCUGCCUGGUUCACCUACACCUUGCAGUGACCCACUGGUGACCAAACUGGACUUUGACAAAGAUCCCACACCAGUACCCAAACACUACCCAGUGCCCGAUGACAUCAGAGAACCACUGGUGCAGGACAAGAUGCCCGACAAGGAGGAGGUACAGGUACAGGAUGCGCUCGCCUCAUUUGACUUCUUGAACAAGAGAAACAGUAUGGUGGUGAAGGGAGAUCUGGAUGGAGGGGUGGAGCAGGACAUCCAGCACCCGGACCUGGAGCUCACGGCCUUCCAGAAGGACCCAGAGAUAAGGGAAGAAGAGCAGUUCCACUUCAGCCUCCAAGACUUUAAAUGCGUGGCGGUCCUCGGACGUGGUCACUUUGGAAAGGUGUUGUUAGCAGAGUAUAAAAGCACCGGUGAGAUGUUCGCCAUCAAAGCUCUGAAGAAAGGGGACAUUGUGGCUCGCGAUGAGGUGGACAGUCUCAUGUGUGAGAAGAGGAUUUUCGAAACGGUCAACAGCGUCCGCCACCCGUUCCUGGUCAACCUGUUUGCGUGUUUCCAGACACAGGAACAUGUCUGUUUUGUCAUGGAGUACGCGGCGGGAGGCGACCUGAUGAUGCACAUCCACGCCGAUGUGUUCUCUGAGCCCCGGGCUGUAUUCUAUGCAGCCUGCGUUGUUCUGGGAUUACAGUUCUUACAUGAACACAAGAUUGUCUACAGAGAUUUGAAGCUGGACAACCUGCUCCUGGACACAGAGGGCUACGUGAAGAUCGCCGACUUUGGACUUUGCAAAGAAGGAAUGGGUUUCAGGGACCGCACCAGCACCUUCUGUGGCACCCCCGAGUUUUUAGCCCCUGAGGUUUUGACUGAAACAUCGUACACCCGCGCUGUGGACUGGUGGGGACUGGGCGUCCUCAUCUUUGAGAUGCUGGUUGGAGAGUCGCCUUUCCCCGGCGACGAUGAGGAGGAGGUGUUUGACAGCAUCGUCAACGAUGAAGUCCGCUACCCACGAUUCCUCUCAACUGAGGCCAUCUCCAUCAUGAGGAGGCUUUUGAGGAGGAGUCCAGAGCGACGCCUGGGAGCAGGAGAAAAGGACGCAGAGGAGGUUAAGAAACAUCUAUUCUUCAGGCACAUGGAUUGGAACGGACUGCUGGCAAAGAAGGUGAAACCGCCGUUCGUGCCGACCAUCCAGGGCUCUAGCGACGUCAGCAACUUCGACGAUGAAUUUACCUCAGAGGCUCCGAUCUUAACCCCCCCCAGGGAACCCAGAGUGCUGCGCUCUGAGGAGCAGAACAUGUUCUCUGACUUUGAUUACAUUGCUGACUGGUGUUAGCUUGACUCCUCUCUCUCCACACACACACACACACACACGCACACUGUGAACCAACCAACACAGCAGUGACUGUAGCUCAUGUGUUUUUAAAACUCUUCCUCCUCCUCCUCCCUGCCCAAAACGUUGAGGAGGAGCAGCGGACAUGGCUCCUCGAGCCUUCGGGCAAAAACCUUGUGCCAUUGAGAAGAAAAUUAAGUUGCCUCCUGAGGACCCCCACUUAUUUUUUUAAUCCACAUGAAGAACUUUUUUUUAAAAGAAACAAGAACAAAAGAAACUCUGUUGUUGGAGAGUGAAGGAGGAGGGAUGCUGUGUCCGUUGUCUGACCACUGAGAAUGUUUUUCAUAUGAACUCUGAGAAGACGACAACAAAUCACAAUCCUGUUAUUCAGUGUCACUGUCUUCAGUUUGUUUUGUUUUUUUUGAUCUGUACAGAUUAUAUUCAGUCGUAUAUUUUAUUGUCAUGUCUUGUUUUAUUUGCAAAGCCCUCGCCGUAGCUUUAGGACAUUUUUCUCUCACUGUAAAGUUUGACAUUUCUGCCGCCAUCGUGUGAGACUGGUGUUCAGUGAAUUUUUCAAAAGUGCUCAAAGCAUCAUCGCUGAACUGCAACAAGCAUCUUGACUACUACUGCUGCUCCUCGACUUGAAAACGAAGUAAACACUUCAUUUCCCUGUGGCCCGGCCCUUGUUCACAAACCAGUUUAACACCUGGUUUUCUCACUUUGCAAGUUUGCAUGUGUGCUGAGAAGAUCCCACACAAUAAUAAUAAUACUCUAAUGUAAAACAGCAGUCAUGCUUCCUAAGCUGUUCAAUAAGUGACCGUCACAGAGUUUCAUUUGGAAACGAUAAACACUCUGAACCUUUGGGCCAGAACAAACAAUGCAGAAUAUUUAAAUGUCUCUGACGCCCUCUAGUGGCUCUUCAGCUGAACUCAGUUCUAAAGAUGCAAGUACCUCAUUGGAUCUCAGCACCUUUGAGGAAUAAAAAUCCAAACUUGAUAUUAGAUUAAUAAUUCUUUGUCAGAACUGAGUUCAGCCGGCUCCUGUUUUUUUCUUUCCUUCCACAUCGAAAGGUCAGGUGUGGAUCUCAAAUCAUUUUUUUUCUCAUUACCUCAUUAGUGAACGUGAGUCUCAUCGUUACAGCUACAUGACCAAAUCCCUCCUGUUCCUUUUACAGCAGCAAACAAAAUCUUUGAUCGACUGAAAGUGAACCUUUUGACAGAUUAUUUCUUUGGCCGGGGGCGGCACAGAUUAAAGUUGAUUUAGGUCUAAACGCCAUUUAAAUGCUCCCCUGACUGUUUCUGUGACAUUUUUUUAAGCUGGAACAGUGAAACCAGCAGACGACUCUUGUCAGUUUGCAUGUUGAAUAUGAAUUGACUCUAAUGUUGCAGACCUGUUGAUAUGAAACACUACAGGGAAGGGCAGGGUAUAUUAUAUAUACAUACUGUAUGUACACAAUUAAGCUGAAAGCACUAAUUUUAUCAAUAGUUUUAAUUAUCUACGUUUCUUAAUGAUGAAAAUAGAUUGUACAAAGUUUUUUCCUUUUUUAAAAAAUUCUUUGCUUGUGCUCGCCAGAGCGGAACCCUAUGGAUGGUACACACAGAUACCUGAGUCACAACAGUCGCUGUUCACCCUGGUGUAAAAAAGGCAUUUUCGCAGUCUGUUGCCUAUCAUGAAUGCACAAAUUAAACAUUUGUAAUAGUU